UGGGCAAUCCUACGCUUACCCUACCCUAUUCAAAAGAAUAAAUACUUAAAUAUCAGAACUACCUCAACCUCAACCUCUGAACCUUAUUCCUCAUCCUUUCCCAUUUCCAUUCGUCUUCGGUCGUCCGGUUGUGAUUCUGGUUCGUAUUUUAGUUUUGUUUAGCAUCACGCAUUGAUUGCUGGUUUUUCUUGUUGUUAUCGUCGUCGUGGUCGAGGUGUAUAUUCCCAACCACCCUCACAUUUACCUUCACGCUAUAAGUAUUCAAAAGAAGAGCCUUAAUCUCUGAUUUCGUACCUCUUUUCUUACUUUGUACAUUCUAUAUUUUUACUUGCUUUAAAAUUCGCAUUCCAAUUUUGUAUAAGUUGCUCAAAAUAUUUCAAACUAAAUAAAUUCCAAGUGGUUGCACAAAAUCUUCCGUCCGACUAGUCCGUUUUGUUUAUGAAGAAACUCCAAAAGCUCAAACUAAAGCACUAAUUAAAGCUCUAAUUCAGCAAAAUGGCCGAUAAAAAUGUACUUGCACCACGUAUGGGACGUUGGUAUUUCGGUGGUGUAGCCAGCGCUGGCGCUGCCUGCUGUACUCAUCCUUUGGAUUUAAUUAAAGUUAAUUUACAAACUCAACAGGGAAAACUAUCCGUCGUACCGCUUACAAUUAAAAUUAUUCGAGAUCAAGGUAUCACUGCCCUCUACAGUGGCCUCUCGGCUUCAAUCCUCCGCCAACUUACCUAUUCUUUGACUCGUUUCGGAAUCUAUGAAGUCGGCAAGCAAAAGAUUGAAACAAACACUUUCAUGGGUAAAAUAACUCUUGCCAGUUUGUCUGGAGCAAUUGGUGGAUUGGUAGGAACUCCAGCGGAUAUGGUUAACGUGAGGAUGCAGAAUGAUGUUAAACUGCCCAAAGAAUCUAGAAGAAAUUACAAAAAUGCAUUCGAUGGUUUGAUUCGUGUGUACAAAUCUGAGGGAUUCAAACAACUCUUCUCAGGAGGAACUACAGCUGUUAGUCGAGGUACUCUAAUGACUGUUGGACAAAUAGCAUUUUAUGAUCAGAUCAAAUCACUCCUUCUUGAUUCAGGAUUAUUUGGGGAUAAUCUGCGUACUCAUUUCCUUGCUUCACUUGGAGCUGGAGCCAUUGCCACAACACUCACACAGCCCUUGGAUGUACUUAAGACCCGAACCAUGAAUGCCAAACCGGGUGAAUUCACAGGAUUAUGGCACAUAGUCAAAUUCACAGCCCGUUUGGGUCCAUUGGGUUUCUUCAAGGGCUACAUUCCAGCGUUUGUUCGAUUAGGUCCACACACUAUUAUUACAUUUGUGUUCCUUGAACAACUCAGACUCAAUUUUGGAGUGAUUCCCACACCAACAAAAAAUGACUAAAUCUCAAAAUGCAUUUACUUAUAUAUAUAUAUAAACAAAA